GUUUGCAGCGCAAUGGCAUCGGAUUUAGGUACCUGUUUGCGGCAGCUAAAAACUUGCCUCGAUACACAACAGAUUCCACAAGCCCGUAGCGUCAUUGAUCGUAUCACCCAGCUAAUCAUCGAUAAAGCCGACGAAAGCGCUACGGAAACCGACUUCAAACUAGAAUGCUUAUUUACCUCCCCGAACGGACUGGUACCAUUUUUGGAAAAGUCCUUCGCCAACGCAAAACACUUUGCGAAGGUAAUCGAAGAUGCGUUCGAGCUAUUACGCAAAACGAUCGAGAAACAUUCUCCACUGUUAGGCAAACGGAUGCCGAUCGUUGUGCCAAUUGCGAUCCGUUGCAUAAAAUCAUCUUCUGUUUCGGCUCGGCCACGCGAACUGGCAACACUAGUGCUACAGGACAGUAUUGCUUACGGAUGUCUGCAUAACGAUAGCUACGAAAAACUAAACCAACUACCGGGUGAGAUUUUGUUGGUGUUUCAGCAAGGGAAGCUACCAAAUCGAUUACAGCAGAAUCUAUACGAACUGAUGGGUCAGCUAGCAAAACACUUCCCGGACAGUGUGAUUGCACCUGAACGCAUGCGAGACAUUCUUGUAAACGCGGUAGAAAAACAACUGCUGGAAGAAAACUAUCCCUCCCUGGUGUCACUGGCGGGUGCUAUUCGUGGGCUGGAUAUGUUUCUGUUCCAUUUUGCACCCUCCGAGUGUGAUCGUGAGUUACGCCAACGAUUGUACCUGAUGAUAAAGAAACUUUCGAUCUGGGAUGAAAGUCGCUCAGAGCGAGUCGUUUUCCGGAACGCCCUACAGCUGGUGGCAAAUCAUGCAGCCCUAUUUUCCGUACAAAUGUAUCUGGAUCAUGUGCACUGGCAGACGAUGUUGGCUGGUAAGUGGAUUAAAUCAACCAGCCAGGAUGAUAGACAGAUUGGCCUGAAUGCACUUUACGCUUUUCAUGCGGAAAUAGCACGCGUCCUAUCGAACCCAGAAAUAAUAGUAGCAAGCGAACGUGAAUGUCCAUCGACAGUGGAUGUCCUUAACCAAUAUGUGGGCUACUAUCGGAAGCUACUUAACUCACCGAGCGCAGAUCAGUGGGAAAUACGGAUUGCUAUCCGCGGGUUCGGUAUUAUGGCUGGCCCUUGUCAACAAAUCACCGGCUCCAGUGUGUCCCUAAACGAACUGCUCACGAUCGUACUGCAGCGUAUCGAAGGAAUAUGUGAGCGGACUGCUUCAAGUUCAGGUGAUGCGCUGGCCUUUUUACCCGACUUCAUACAGGCACUGUCGGAAAUUCUUACCCACGCAAAACAGCUAACCACGAUACAGCUCGUCUCGGUACAAACGAUGACUGUUGCUUUGGUGCGCGAUUUUUACCAUCUGCCUACGGUGCAUCACGAGCUUAUCGUACGAUCGCUUGUCUGCAUGCUGGAAAACGUUGGAAAGCUGGGAGGAAGCAGUCGCGAUCAGCUGCUCGACAGUAUUCUGCUGCAAGGAAUUGUUUGGAGUUGUAGUCAUGCAUUGCCCUUUGGUUCAUCACCGCCCGUACCCAGUUCGACAGCUGCAGCUGAUGAUCCAGCUCAAAAAACGGACUGGAAACGGGAUCUGGUGACGUAUAAGAAUUAUCUUCCCCUUUGGCAAGGUCUUUUGAACAAAGCCCAAACCGUACCAGAUUCGUCCUUGUUACGAGCAAUCUAUCGUGCUCUCAUGAACACACUGUUUGUGAUAGUGGAGAAGCUUGAUCUGUCUACCCGUAAAAGAACCUUCCAGGAUGAUGAUGGACAAGAACGGGAACUGUUUUUCUGCGACCCUAACAUCGAUCUUAUACCGAUCAAACCAAAGGACUAUCAUAUCUUUCUCAACCUGGUAGAACUAAACAGGGAUGUCUUGCACAGCCCUCAAACACCAACGGCUUUGCGAGAACUGUUCAUCGAUUGGAUUCGUCCGUACUUCGAACGAUUUGUCAAACAAUCGCUCGAAUGUCCACUGGUGAGUGGAUUUGUCAAGCUGAUCGAAAUGGGACUCGGAACGGCCGAAACGAUUGGUUACUUUCAUCAGCGAGAAGGAUCUUCGGACGAUCCGGAUGUCCGUUCGAUCCAGAUGCUGCUGGUGUACUAUGUGGAGCAAACGGUACAACGAGCUAUUCACGCAACGGGAGAGCUUCAGCUAGCGUGUCUUCGCUUCGUACUUAAAGCUCCAGUUCGCUUGUUGUUCGAUUUUGUGCAAGAUGAAGAUCGAAAGCAACCACUAAUGGUGGAAGUAUUCCGGACGGCUUUUCACAUCGGGCGAGGAUUGCUAUCGAUCGCACGGGAAGCGCUUUACUCGCUGCAGCGCAUUAUACAAUUUCGUUAUCCACCUUUGAGAGGAAUGCUACGAGAACGUUUGCUCCGACAAGUGCUACCAAUGCUGGAGCCAUUCUUACGCACACGUGACUCAACUCAGCCACCUGCCCAAAGUUUGCGUUUGGCCAAGUUCAAGCGCCACAGGACGGCUAAUGUAGCGGCUGGAAGAAUCGAACGCAUUAAGCAACAGCAUCGAAUCGAACGGACGGCAGACAUGAGCGAGCUUGUUACGCUCCAGAUGCGAAUUUUAAAAUUUCUAUCCAAUCUGCAACCGAACGAAUGCUGUUGGUUGGUGGUGGACGAGCUGGAACAAACGACUGGAACUCCUCCAGCACUAGGAGAAUUCGAUCGGAGUUCACUGACGCGAUGGGAUGCGGAUAGUGGACGAUCGCUCGAGUUGCGGCUCCUCUGUGAGAAUGGAACGCGUCCAUGCAUCAAGCUGGACGGAGUUGUCGGUCGAGUGUGUCAGCUGGCGGUGGAGUGUAGUGAUCGUGCGACGAAGUUGGCCGCUUGCGAACUUCUUCACACGACCGUGCUCUAUCUGCUGGGCAUCGGUUAUCAGGAUCAACUGGCAGGAUUAUGGUCCCAAAUAUGCCACCAUUUGCUGCACCUAAGCUGCGAUACAGAUCUGGCAGUGUGUCAGAUGUUUGAACCGUUGCUGUUUCAAAUCAUCCACUUUGUCACGCAACCCUCCAAACUUACCCAGCAAGGUACCCGUGCACUGCUCGACUGUUUGAUGGAUGCAACCUCCAACGUGCGACACAGUGCUGUGCGCGAUCUUUCCAUCCGAUGUUUGCGAGAGUUUCUCCAGUGGACCAAUCGGCAGUGUGGUGGCACUCAGUCGGCUAAAGAUCGUCGCAAGAUCAAGAAUACACUGCUGGAGCAGCUUAAAACGCAUGCAUUAGAAUCGAACGCUUCACAUCGCUACGGAUCUGCGCUGGCAUUUAACAAUCUGUUCCGACUGCUACUGCAGGAAGAUUACCAAAUAGUGCGCUACACUUUCGAGCUGAUGCAUUCGUACUCGCUUGGACUGAUGGUAACAGAGGAGCAGAAUGGAUGUGCUUCCGAAGGUGCACAUGAUGCUAUCGCGGAACAAUUUCUACUCGCACUGGAACAUCUGGGAAGCAAAGUGCUCGAGGUACGGAAUGCUUUAUUUAAUUGCUCUGGAAACCGUCCCGAACAAUGCCAACUCGUACCGGCCGCAAUUGGUGGCGGUGAGAUGAAACAUAUUGUUAGCUGGUUGUUCCGCCAGUGUGCCACCCGUCAGCCACUCCAUCGACGGAAGUGUAUGCAGCUAUUUGUUCGGCUUUCCAAAACGGUACGAGAUGUAGCGAGCGGAGAACAGUUCCUUAAGGAACAUUACACAUACGACCAGAUUAAAGGAAUUUGCCUUCAGGCUGAUUCGCCGCAAGGUAUCGGUCAGUCUCCUACAUUGAUGUGCCUGUGGGACGAACAUACGAAUCCGUCCGUGAUAAACAUCUACCUCUGGUUAGAAUAUUUACUAGCGACACUUGAUAUGUACUGCUGGUUGCAGAGAGAAAAGCUCGUGGCGGAAGAAUUAGCACAUAUGCUCCUGAGUCGCAUUUUGCCCGCUGUUCAGUGUUUCCUACGGUCCGUGAUUGAUUUUUCGGUGUACGAAAUAAUGUCCAACAUAAACCGGAAUCAAGCGCGCGAGAUUCAAAUGACCAGUUACGACCGGCGAAUGAAUGCAGAUAAGAUUGUGUGGUUUGAUGCACUAAAGUCGGCAGUCGUUGUGCAAAUAGUUGAUCUAUUUGUGUUACUACUUUCACGUACCAGUAGCAGCGAGGAUCAGACUUCAGACGAAAGCUUAGAACUAUGGCAGCAGCAACCUACAAUUGAUUUCCUUUUGGCACUUUUGUUUAAACCACAUCAGCUAGGGAUGGAUCGUAAUGUUUCGAUGUUGCAAGAGGAACGAAAAAAUGUUGCGCAACUUGUAGCUCAACUGGAAGAACUGAUACGGAAGCUGAUGGAACGAUACGACCAUCCUAUCGGAAAGCUCUUUUCUGUUGCUCUGUCGGAAAAGUUGGUAUCUGUGAUGGAAGAUUUGGGUGACCGAAUGAAAACACUUUUAACACUAAGAACGAUUCAUUUAGCGGACCAGAAGAGCGCAAAAGGCUUACUCUUUAUCGCGAAACAACAUCGAACCCGAUUCGGAUAUGCUCAAUUGACGAAUAAUGGCAAGGAUCGCAUUCAACAAGCCGGCCGAAGACUGCUCGCGAAUUGCUACGAAGCCAUCGGACAGGAGGGAGUGUGUUUAGUGCUUAGCCCAUCUGCAGCACGCUUCGGUACGAUCGUUUUAGAAGCUGUCUUUUUGCUGUCAGGCGCUAUGGAGAAUGACAACCCAAAAAAAGGAUUAGUGGAUACUUUAAUUUCGUACAGUUUGAGCAAGGAGAUUCUACAUCCCAACAUCCGUCACGGAGAGCACUUCCUCAUUUGCUUCGGGUCAGCAGUAUAUGAACUGUUCAUCAUGAUACCGGCCAAAUGCUUAGAUACGCUGUUGCAAGAACUCACCGUGGAUAACUUCCCAUUCAUCAUUCGAAUCCUUUGUGACCUGAUGGAUUAUAGCUAUCGAAGCCAAGCUGCAAACAAAGAUAGGUUGGAAAGUCUUUUACAAACCUUGCUGACGAAAGGAUGGCCACAACUGUUUGCAUGUUCACGCCUGCAGCCAAACCUUUUCGGAGCGUGUGAUGUUCAGAUGAUCGAGCUGAUGGCCAGCAAGGCGAUGAUCUGUCCCUUUCCUUUGCAUGAAAUUCGGCAAAAAGUAGGUCCAGACUACGAGCGAUGGUUGGCUGAGUUAAUAGGCAGCUCGCGGUCGGAAGUUUCGAUAGAAUUGAAAACGAAAGCCAUCGUACUGUUACCUACCGUGCUUGGCCCCCGUGGAUCAGCUGCGUCAGAAUCGUACUGGGAAAGUUUCGAACAGGCUCUCGAAACGUUGCAAACACUCCAUUUUCCGCUUCGUUCGACCGAAUUUUUACCCAACAGUCCAAAACGGAUUGGUUUCCUGAACUGUUUAGAGCGUUUGCUUGAGGCGAUGGUCCUUUCUCGUUCGCCACUACUGCUGAAAGUGAUCAUACAAAUGACGGCUCCGGACGGUGAGGGACACAUUGCCGAAGCGAAGAUACGGAACGCUGUCGAGCGUUUUUUUGCCGACCAAUCGUACGAGCUGCAGUGUGAUCGACUGCAGGAACUUUGGGAUCUUUUUGCAAACCAUGCAUAUGCGCCAACCGUUCGAGAAACGAUACUAAGACGAUAUCUGUGUACCGCCCUUUGGCACUGCCGGUACGAUACGAUCGUGGAGUUUUACAAACGAAUCAUCCGCUCGAUCUCUAGGUUCAGCUCGGAGGACAUCAAUGGACGCGCUGGAUGGGAUUUGGAGCAUGCGCUCGUUGACCUAGCGGGCAGCUUCCGAUUGAUUGAACAUUAUGCUGCCCUGCUUCCGAAAAGUAUCCUGACAGGCGAGAACUGUCCCGUGGCAAAGGAGCUUUAUAGCUCUCCGAAGGAUGAGAGUGUUCCAGUACGGGGCCAGCGUUUGAUAGGAGACUUUAGCAAACGAGCUCACAGCGUGCGAAAGACUGUGCUCCUUUCGAAUGACCGUAGCGCUGUGGAACUGUUCCGGAAAUAUCAAUGUGCCGCCUACCGAGCACUGGUCGCGCUGAUCUCGAACACAAACGAAGAUGCUCGCAUGUACUCGGUGUUGCUGUUUCGCGAGACUCGUGAAAAAGGUGAUUAUAUAUGGCGCCACUUGAUCGACUGUAGCAAUGAUGAGCUGUAUCUGGAGGGAAGUCAAGAGCAGGAAGAAACGACUCGAACGGUUGCAAAGCGUGUCGCAAUAAGGCAAGAAGGUGUUGAUCCAGCUUUCCGAAUUCCAAUCUCCAAGGAUCCCGGCUUAUCGGUCGUGCGAGAGUCCUCGCUCAGCCAACAGGUGUUUCGGUUUGAUAUGAACCACUGCGUUGUCCUAUCUGCCCGGGAAGUGGCGGAAAAGGAUGCAGCCGAGUUGGCCAAACGACAAAAGGGAACACUUACGAGUGUGUCACUCGAGCGAACGGCGAUUAACGAGCACGAGGUAAUGGCAACGGUUUGUGGAUGCAUGCGACAUAUGGCCACGAGCAAGGUGCCGCUAACUGCGGUAGUACAAUUUCUCGCGAGUUCGCUAAACGAUCAGGGACAACCGAAAAACGUUCGGCUAUUUCUCGCCAAGGUGAUCGAUAACUGUCGUAAAGAGCUGCAGCCACAUGCAUCCCUGUUGCUUUGUCCGCUGAUGCAGCUAAUAGUCGAUGGAAGUACCAUUCGUGGACUGAAUCCACUCGUGACAGACUUGAUAGCGCUAAUAUUGGAGUGGAAUCGUUCCAGUGUGUCCAACGAACCAAAAAGACAAGCUGCUGUCGGUGAAACUGGUUCCCUGGCGAGUGUACUUUUACGGUUCCUGAUGAAUCACGCCUGUCAACAGCAGGGUGCUCGAAAUACAACCGCAAAAGUGUUACGUCUAAAUCUAGAUCUAAUCCAGGAGCUAAUAUCGCAAUGGCACGAUGUUCUGAUCGUCCCAGGUGAACUUCUCUAUGAAAUGGUAUCAGGCAACAGACAACGAUUACAAACAGACGAACGAACAAAGCUGCAACUCAUUGCGGGUCUACAAUUGGGAACGAUAGUUCUCACCAAGGGUCGCGGCAGACUAGUGCCCUGGGUGGAGAGCAUAAAGCAAGAAUAUCUGCGAUCGGUACUACGUUGUCUGGAUCUGCCUGACAGCACAAGCUUCAAAUCUGCCGCCCUACUCUUGGGCCACAGUUUGGCGCAUCUCUAUCCCGAAGGUCUGCCGGAAGAUGAGGACGAAAGUGUAGACGAACUGUUCCACAUCGAAUGCGUCACCAAACUUUCUGCCAUCCAGCGAGAAUAUGAUCGAAAGUUUGUAGAUAUUCUGUACGAAAUAGCUAAAGCCUUCCCAUCGAUUGCCGAUCCGUUUCUUUCCGUCAUAAGCCAUCGCUUUCCAGCUUCUGCUGUUCCAGAAAAGCGCAUGUAUCUGGAGUUGCUGCUUGGUGGACGGUUGGAGAAGUUUAAUGAUGAUCUAUACCGAGAAUUGGCGUCGAUGGAGUUGAUGCUGCUUUUGCGCGAUAACGAGUUACAACUUCCGACAUUACAUUUGCUGAAUCGAGCAAUUCCGUUGGUGCACGAAACACAACAUUUGGAGCAGAUAGUUGAACCGGUCGGUUGUGUUACAACAGAACCAGCGACGCGUUCCGAGUGUCGAGCGGUAGCGUAUGAAAUUUUAAUUUACAUACAUGAACAUAAUUUCGCACAGCUUUCUGAGGAUUGUCAACAAUCUGUUUGGAGAUACGUGAUACGAGGGUUGUGUGGAGUUCAAGAAAGCGAUGCCACAGAGACCUCAACCAGGGUGAGAAUUCUAGAAUACCUCACCGAUAGUGGAAAACUGCCAACUGAUCUAAGGGAACGAUUCCUGUUUUUGCUUACGGAACUCUACGAUCCAACCGUAGAAACGGAGUUUCUUGGUAGUGCAGUGGCGCUACUCCUCGAUCCGGCUAUUCGUUGCAGGGAAUCUAAAGAUCGCUUGUUUCUGCACGAAUAUCUCAAUGCGGAUGUUAAGUUCAACGAGUACACUAUCGAAACAGCUACCCGACAACGUCAUACGAUGACGCUACUUACGCCAAUGUUUGCGGACAGUUCUCUGCAACGUCAGCUGCAAUCGUUCAUCACAGGCCGGGGUUCACAGAUGGAGCAACUAAUACGAGCUACACAACUUUCCGUCAUGGAUCGUACAACGCAACAGGAUGAAAAUGGCCAUUUUGAACCAACACAGGACCCGACCAAAUUUACCAAAGGACGUGAAACAUUCGCAAUGCCCACACAACAUACGCUUUUGUUUGAGUCUAGCUCGUUACAGCUCGAUCGUCGAUCACAGCGUACGGGUACCGAAACGACGCAACAGGAGACCUCAUUUGACCGGCUGCGGAAACGCAUUCUCCGAGACAGUGAAGCGAAUCGGCAGAAGCAAACAACCUGGGCCGUUAGUCGCCAUUAUUCCAACCAGCGGCAACGUUCGGAACAACGGCGCGAGAAUGCCUCGCAGGUGACACUUUACCGGCGCUAUCGACUUUCCGAUUAUCCUGAUCUACAGAUCAAUCUACUUGCGUUUCUGUUGCCGCUGCAGGCUCUCUGUCGGCGAGAUACAGCAUGCGCUCGACAAACGUUCGUGGCCAUUUUUAACGGUCUGGUAGAUUGUUUGAUGCAUGGAGAUGAUGCCAGUCGCACGGUGCGUAUGGUUGGAGACGAAUGGGAUCGUUUCGUAGGUCGGCUGGAUGAAUCUUUGCAUCGCAUCCUGGAGACGAACAGAACGAGUGAUCCGAAUCUUUUUGGAGGCUUAAUUGAGUUGACACUCGGCAAGGCGUCGGGCAAGUUCACACUAUCACCACGCACCAUAGCGUCCGUGGCGGGUGCGUCCAAUAUGUUGACGAUGGGUGCCCUUUAUCUGGAAGCGAAGCUAACCGAUGCUGCGGACUUUGAUGAUGAACCGGUACGAACCGGUGGGAGCAUCACAUCCGAGGCGGAACAUUGGCUACAACUAUCGUCUCUAUACCAUGCGAUGCACGAACACAGUGUUAUGGUGGGCAUAUUCGCCGAAAAGCUCGACAGUGAUCCUCAGCUACGGAAAGCGAUUGAACUGGAAGCCCUGGGACGAUAUGACCGAGCGCACCGAGCAUAUUGUGAGUUGGUAUUGCGCAUAAGCCAAGCUCGCGUUGAAGAACGAAACUUUUGCUAUAAAUCUGCGUUCAAUUGCAUGCUCCAACUCGGUCAGUGGGACAUGCUGUUGGAUGAGAUAGGUAAUCAGCUAACGAAUCACGAAGAUCUGUGGACUGACGACUGGAAUCUGGAAAAUUUGCUGCCUAAUUACGUGCACGGGAAUGUGCUGCUGGUUUUGGCCGGCAAUGAGACAGCGCGUGAAUUUUACAACAUGCUGCAACAGUGGCUCCACAUACCCGAUAGGGCGAAACACAUACGGCAGCAGUUUGGCGAGGAACUAACGGCACUAUACAUUUCCGGCCAAGAAAUGGUUCGUGCUCGGAUGUUUGGCGAACAGACACAGCGACAAUUUCUCGACGAGUGGCACUGUGCCGGUGUGCUGUCCGGCCUAGUACGUACCGAGUGUUUGCUCAGUGUACGCAAAGUCAUUGAGCUGGUUGCGUACAGCGAGUUGUUGGAGUUGGAGGCCGAUAAGUUGGAGCAGGCUACUGCUGGUUUAAUUACUUCGUGGCAAAAUGCACAACCGGCACUAACAGACUCGCUUAUCACCUGGGACACUACCUUAGCUUACCGUAGAUUCCUUUUGGAAAAGCUCGAAACGAAAUGCGACGCAGCGAAGGAACGCGUCAGCAUCCUGAACAAUGUUUCCAAACUGUCCAAGCAGUUGUACCAACUGGAACUUGAGCUGUUAGAGGUAGCGUUCGAACAGAAUAAUAUCAAGUACGCCGGGAAGAUUAUUACAAGCUUACGGAACUCCGAAUCGUGCACAGGUCUUCGAGAACCGGCAGUAGAGCACGUGUUACGCAGAAAAAUCGCUCGAAUACGCUUCGAACGUAUGAGGUAUGUUGAAGCAUCGUCCGAUCAGAUCCAAACUCUCCUGCGAGGCUUUCGACAGCUGGUGAAGAUUAACGAUCAGACUGAGGUAGGCGAAAAUGAAUCCGGUAUGGCUCAGGUGAAGCGCAGGACAUGGUCGGAAAUGUUCCAGCUAGCAGAAACUGUUCGUACGAAGAUCAAAAGUUCGAACGAAAAUUUUUCAACAGAGGAUGUAACGCACAUACGAAACAUGAUUCGAGUUGUUAUGAAACUUCCAGAAGAAGAAGGGGAUAUUGAGCGCAUGGCUUUAAGUGAAAGACUCAGACAAUUGUCGAUGCAUUGCUUACAGCACAGUAUUAUUGUGUUGCGACCUGAUUCAUCCCGAAGUUCCAAGGAAAGGGAUAGCAGUGAUGCAGUAUUAGUGGAGCUUGCUGAUGCUCACCUUCGUCUAGCUCGGUACUGUUACCAGGAACUAAACUCGGAACUAAGCGAAGAAGAGGAACUUCCAGUUGAACGGACUCUAGUAACCUCACUCUUGCCAGCGAUACAAUACGGUUCCCCUGAGGCUAGACACCUAUUUCCAGUGCUGUUACCGUUACGAAAUCUUCAAAACAAUACACUGCAAAGGGAAUUCUACGAGCACUCGAGUUUGGUACCGUCGUGGAAUUUUCUCCAGUGGAUUCCUCAGUUAUUGUCGUACAUGAAGAUCACAUAUGAUGCAGCAGGAUCGCACCAAAUAUCGAACGAUAGGCAUUUUCUGGACGAGCUUUUGAUGCGACUCGUCAAAGAAUACCCGAUGGCUCUCUAUCACCCAGCGCGAGUAAUUCUAGCCGACAUUGAAGGUCCCGUUCGUCCUAUUGUGGUGCAGUUCCGUGCUGCCUUAAGUUUUCCCGUGCUUGAUCGUUUCGUAGACGAACUCUGUCGUGUGGUGAUGCCGGAAACACGACUGCAAAGCAUGCUGUCGGAGCUGAAAAGCCAACUAAAAAGCUUCACCGAUUCAACCGCCUUCCAAGCGUACAUUAAUCGCGCGAUACCGUAUGUGUUCCCGACCGAAUCCAAUGACCUGUGGCGCUUUGGACAGGCUUACCGUGCGGCUUUACCGCUUGUGGAUAAAUUUCGUGCAUUGAAGUUACUCCAUCCAGUAGACGAUCGUACAGUGAUCUUGCAGAAGCUAGAGGAACUGGGUGAUGAACUCCAAUCGAUGCGGCCGCGAACAAAAACAAAGUCCAUGCCGCUUGAAGACCUUUCUCCCUGGCUAGCGGAAUUCCACUGCAGCAGUAUGCGUGGCCAGCGUAACGAAUCUUCCGUCGAGGUACCGGGACAGUAUGGAGUGGAUCGUGAAACACCUAACCCAUCCCAUCAUGCGACGAUCGUGAAGGUUAUGCCAGAUGUGCUGGUGUUUGUAACGCUUCGACUACCGAUACAAAUAACGUUCCGAGGCAGCGAUGGCAGGCAGUAUCGCUUCCUGGCCAAGUUUGGUGAAGAUCUCCGGCAGGAUCAACGCAUCCAGCAGCUACAGAGGGAGAUAACGCAACGACUGCGGUGGGAUCGGCAUUGUCGAGAGCAUCAGCUGGCGUUACGCACAUACGAAGUAGUUCCGAUACGGCCCAAUUUCGGGUUGUUCGGAUGGCUCGAGGGAACGAUUGCGCUGAGCGAAAUCGCUAAACAGGCUGCUCCACGCUACAACCCUGGUGACCGGGGACAGGCACACGUGCUCAAUGAAUAUGGACGUUUUCUGCUGAGCGUCUCGAAGCAGGACACUACCGGGAAUGAAUCGGUCAACAUUGGCGCAUGCAAUUCACCAGAUCUGUACGGAAUGGCGGCAGCAUUCGGUAUGCCCGAACAGCUACGAUCGAAGUACGUCGAGCUGUCGCAAACGAUUCGUUCCAGCACCCUGAAACGCGCACUGUACGAUAUGGCUGCCUCGCCCGAAUCUUUCUACCGGUUGCGCAUGAAUUUUGCCAAGAGUUUGGCCACCAUGAACAUCACCUGUUGGGCACUCGGGAUAGGCGAUCGACACUUGAGCAAUAUUGUGCUGGAACGUGCGACCGGCAUGCUGGUAGGUGUAGAUUUCGGUAUAGCCUUCAGUGCUGGGACACGGGACCUUCCCAUACCGGAGCUGGUACCGUUCCGGCUUACGCCGCAGUUCGUGGCAGUGAUGGAACCGAUGCGUUUGGUGGGUAUUUUGCAAAAAUGUCACCUUCACACACUACAGUGUUUGCGUGAUUCGCGUAUGCUGUUGCGCGCAUGCUUGGAGGUAUUUGUCCGCGAACCGACGGUCGACUGGUUGAGAGCAGCCCGGCAACGGACAGUCGAGAAAGCGGGGAGCGAACGUGCACCAGGUGGCGGUAGAGAUUGGAAUCCGCAGGUGCGUGUCAAUACGGUGCUACGGAAGCUGAGUGGAGCCAAUCCGAAGAAAUUGUUGGCGGAAGAGCUGCGGUUCGGUGUCAUCGCUCAAAAGCGAGAGUUUUUGGUCGGCUACCUAGCGCUGGUUAAUGCUUCCGCUCCAGUGAGCACGGAAAAGGUUGGCCGUGAGACCGUCCUUUCAACGGCGUUACAAACGGAGAUGCUUUUGGAAAUGGCCGUUGAUAGCAAGCUGCUGGGUAUUACGUUCGCGGGAUGGUAUCCUUGGUUCUAG